AUGACAACGGAUCCCCCCAGACAGCGCAGGAGCGAUAACGGCGAGAACCCUGUUGCCGACGAGAAACUGGCCAGCCUGAACGACAAGGCCGACACAAUCGAAGCGGGGCUGGCUAAAGCAACGAGACUCAUCGCGGAGACCAAAGUGGAACUGGAGAAAAUGGCCAAAAUUCUGGACAAGUCCUUUAGCGGGCUUGAAAGAAAGUCGCAACGCGGAAAGUGA